UUAACACGGUAUGAAUCGCGGCAUAAAACUAUAAAAGCGCCACAUAACGUUGGCUUCCUCAGUCAUCUUUACGUCAGCUUAUUGACCGUUCCGUUGAUCGGCAUAUCCAUCUAAGGGAACCAACAUCUUUAACAACAACCAUGAUGAUGAAAGUAGCAGUGUGUGUUGCCAGCGUCCUGGUCGCAGUAUCCGGACUCAAUAACGGAAUGAACAUGAAUAACGGAGGGAAUGGUAUGACCAACGGUUUUAACGGCAUGAACAACGGGGGUAACGGCAUGAGCAACGGAUGGAAUGGCAUGAACAACGGGGGUAACGGCAUGAGCAACGGGUGGAAUGGCAUGAACAACGGGGGUAACGGCAUGAGCAACGGGUUGAAUGGCAUGAACAACGGGGGUAACGGCAUGAACAACGGGUGGAAUGGCAUGAACAACGGGGGUAACGGCAUGAGCAACGGGUGGAAUGGCAUGAACAACGGGGGUAACGGCAUGAGCAACGGGUGGAACGGCAUGAACAACGGGGGUAACGGCAUGAGCAACGGGUGGUAUGGCAUGAACAACGGUUUGAACGGCAUGAACGGCAGAUUCAAUAUGAUGAACAUCAACAGGUUCAAUGGAAUGAACAACGGAGGCCUUGGCAUGAUCUCUGGUUAGUCGAUACUGUCUUGAUAGGAGGCACCCGUUACGGCAAGUAGAGGCCAAGUGAGUUUAACUUAAUCGUCACAACGUUCGGCACGAUUGUCAUCCACAUUUUCUACACUCCGUCAUGGCAUGUUCUUCAAUCAUGAAUUAUUUCACCGUUUUAUAUAGUAUCAUUGUGGGUUAUUAUCCGUGAAAUAAAUCUCAUUUAACUUCA